GCUCUGUAUGAAAGAGGCGGCUGUAUUUGUUUGUCAUCCUCGCUUUGGGGUCAAAUUUCAUAUUUUGCAGAAGCGUAAAGGAAUUUGAGGCUGUUUGGGAGCUAACAGAGGCGCUGACAUGUCUGUGAGUUUACACGCCAGCCUGAACGAUGGGAACAGAAUCCCAGUUAUUGGAUUUGGGACGUACGCUCCUGAAACGUAUCCCAAGAGCAAAGCGGAAGAGGCCACCGAACUAGCCAUCAAAGUCGGGUACCGCCAUAUUGAUGGGGCAUAUAUGUAUCGCAAUGAGGCUGAAGUUGGUCGGGCUGUCCACAAGAAGAUCACAGAUGGAACCAUAAGGAGAGAAGACUUGUUCCUUACUGGGAAGCUCUGGUGCACUUUUCACAGGCCUAACUUGGUUCAGAACGGUCUGCAGAGAUCCCUGGAAGCUCUUAAUGUGAAAUACUUGGAUCUCUUUCUCAUUCAUGUGCCUGUAGAAUUUCAGCCGAGUGAAGAUCUGUUGCCAGUGGAUAAAGAUGGGAAGUAUCUGUACAGCAACACAGACUUGCGAGAGACUUGGGAGGCUAUGGAGCAGUGUAAAGAUGCUGGUCUAGUCAAAUCUAUUGGAGUGUCCAACUUCAAUCGUCGGCAGCUGGAGCUGAUCCUCAAAAAGCCAGGAUUAAAAUACAAGCCCGUCUGCAAUCAGGUAGAAUGCCACGUGUACCUGAACCAAGAGAAACUGCUGAAAUUCUGCAAGGAAAAUGACAUUGUGCUGGUUGCAUAUAGUGUCCUGGGCUCCAGCCGGGAUGUGACAUUCAGGAUUGCUGUUGAUUGCCCUGUACUCCUUGAGGACCCAGUCCUGAAUGAUAUAGCACAGAGGAUUGGACGGACUCCGGCUCAGGUGGCUCUUCGUUAUCUCCUGCAGAGAGGGAUUGUCGUUCUUGCAAAAAGCUACACUAAACACAGAAUCAAAGAGAACCUGCAGGUAUUUGACUUCCAACUGGAGGAGAAGGACAUGAAUUCUCUUUACGCCCUGAAUAAAAAUAUGCGUUAUGGUAAAAUGCCUAUGUGGGAGGACCAUCCAAAAUAUCCUUUUCAUGAUGAAUAUUAACAUAAAUCCUGGAUGGACUGCUACACACAUCAUAUGCUUUGACGUAACCAUGUAGAGAACAAAACAAAUAUUUGUAGCCAUUCCCUGUUUUGCAUGACCGGUUUUAGAAAUUAAGAACUAGCACUAAACCUUAGUAAUGAGUAUGUAUGUAGAUAGGUACGCUGGAUAGUUUUUUGCAUGGAAAAGGAUUUAUAUGUCAGCAACUAAACAUUGUAUCUGGUGCAUCUGUCCCACAACAAGUAAGCACAAGAGCUACUGAUCUUCAUAUUUUUUUCCAGAUUGGUGACCCAGAGUCCCGGUUCACACGUAUGCGAUGCAGGAACCAGUGCAAUUCCAAUGCAAGUUCACAAGUCACUCGCCGGCGGUUCACACUGACAUCUGUGAAACGCUGCAAGUGUCAAUGUGAAGUUAAUGACACACCCAGAUCGGUUUGCAGAUCAAAUGGUGCAGGAAUCGUAUAGCAUAGGUGCGUUUCGCUUCCAGUGCGGACUAAAAAAAGGGUCCUGGACAAUUUUGCUGCGAAUGCAAAGCGAUUUCAGCCAUACAGUUUGUAUGGCUGAAUUUGCAUCACACAAAUAUCGCAUGUGAUCUGCACAGCAAUGUGGACAAGUGUGAACCCAGCCAGAAGCUACGGAAACAGGAGGACUGCUAUAUAUACACAUCCACUAGACAUAUACACAUCCACUAGACGGUCAAGAAUAUCAGGCUCCAUGUUUCACUCGGCACAUAAUUUAAAGUAAAUGUAAACCCAAUCACCAAAACCUCAUAUAAACUUUAGCUUACUAAAAACAAUAAAUAGGCAGCUUUUAUUAAAAUAACACCUGGUCCUUCUGUCGUAAAGGUCCUUGUUCAGACAUUUCCUCUUAUGGGGU